AUGAUUUUAAGAUUUCUACUUUGCAAUGCAUUGUUGGCAUUGUGUGCUGCCACCGGUACCGAACCCCUCUUCGCCCCCCUCGUUCCAUUUGAAAGUUCACAUUACUUUACGCUCACAAAUAAGGUGACCGUCAAAGAGAUGUCCCACGGUGCCAGUGAAGAAACCAGUUAUAAUUUCCGAACAUUACUUCGCGUUAAUUCAGUAUGGUCUAAGGAUAAGGAUCAAUUACUCCAAUUAUAUUUCACCGAAAAUCAAGUCUCUACCAUCGACAAAAAAGGGAAAGAAAAAAUUCAACCAAUUUAUAGAAUACCCGAUCGUCCAUUCUACAUUGGCUUCGAAGGACAUGGUCCCACCAAAGUAUUGGCCCAUUCCUAUAAGGAUCAAUCCCUACUGAAUAUGGAAAAGGGUAUUGCCUCUCUGUUACAGCUGCAAUAUAAAGUUGGACCAAUGGUCGAAAUCGAUUCUUCCGGUAUGUGCAAUGUUUUCUAUAAUGCCAAGUCCACAAUGAAAGUGGAAAAGAAGAAAAUCGAUUGUUCCAAUUGGGAUUUGAAAAUGGCCUAUCGUUCGGAGAGGGCUUUGGAUAUUUCCAGAUUAUCUUCGGAAAAGGUUGAUUUUGACAUCUCCCCUGAGGGUGCCUUGUUGCAGGCCCAUAGUGUGGAAACCCAUAAAUUGUAUUUGACAGCCCAACCAGAAAUUGGCACCCUCAUUGAAUCGGUCACCACAUUCAAACACAUUGAAGAGAUUGCCGAACCAGUUGAACAAUUGAAAUUUGAAUCAUUGACUGAGGCCGUGGAAAGUCUUUUGGAAUGGUAUCGUGAAUUUGAAAUUGAAUCAGAUGUGGAUGGGGCCAUAUCGGAAUUCGGGCCAGUGACGCUUAAAAACGAAGUCAAAAAAUAUGCCAAGAAACUCACGGGCAAAUUAAUUGGCCAUGAGGAAUUAGCUGAGGCCUUUGCCCGCAUGGUCCCCGUGGCCCGUAUUACCAGUCAUGAUGAAUUUGUGGAGAUAUUGGAAAACCACAAGGAUCUACAUUCCCAAUUGGUUGAUCUCUUGGGUGCAGCACAAACCUUUGAAGCCCACAAGGCCAUAAAUAGUACCUAUAAAUACAAUCGUUUGGCCGAUUUCAAUAUGCUGGAAAAAUACCUACAAUCAUUGGCUGUGGGAACCCAUCCCGAUAUUGAAAUUGUCAAAGAUCUCUUUGCCAUUGCCAAAACGAUGGAUGAUUCACCUCUCUUCAAGAAAAUCAAAAGUUCCGUCAUACAAUGUAUGUCCUCGUUGGCCCAUCAUUUUGAGCGUGAAGUCAUUGAAAUUGAUAUACGCGAUUAUUUGACGAAAAAUCUGAAAAAGGAUUGUGGCAAGGAUAUCGAUUGCAAAUUGCUUAUGAUUCGCGGCUUACAAAAUGUCCUCGAUCAAAAAUCCAUUGAACCCUUGAUGGGUUAUGCAUUUUUGGCGGAGGAGGAUAAACUCGUUGUUGCUGCCAUGCAGGCAUUGCGUCGCUAUUCUGUUACACAUUUCAAUGAACUACAUCGUGUGGGUUUCACUUUGAUAUUCUUUCAAAAUCGUAAAAAAUAUCCCACCUCGGCGCGUACUCUUGCCUUGGAUAUUCUGCUGGAUAUGCGUCCUACCAAAGAGCAAUUGGGUCAGAUAUUGGAUUAUCUAGCAUCGAAUGAUCAUCAUUUUGAAAUCAAAACUUAUGUGAUACAAAAACUGCGCAUGUAUGCGGAGCUACAUCCGAAAUUUAAGGCUCUGCUACAAAUGUGUCUGAAUGAGAGGCCACACAUUAAUAACUAUCAUAUUUUGGGGCAGAAGGGUUUCACAUCAGUCCUGGCCAGACCUCUAUCUUCCUCCCCAGCCUUUAACGAAACUUUGUUGAGUGUACAAGAAGUCCACAAGGGGGUGUUGAGACGUGGUUCCGUGGAAUUAUUACUGACAGCCGGAGAAUAUGCAGCCACCACAUUUAAGUUGGGCAUCUUCACAAAUGGUCUGGAAUCAUUUGUGGGUGGCAACAAUGAGGUCGAUGGUGACAUGGAUGAUGACGAUGAGGAUGAAAAUAAAGAAUAUGAUCCCAUUUCGGCUGGUAUGGAAAUUUCUGUCAAUGGAAUUUUACAUCGGCCAUUGAUUUUCUUUACCGGCAAAGCGGAGUUAAUGGGUCACAUAUGGAGUGGUACAGUUUCGGAAUCGACUCCUGCCUUCCAGGGUACAAUGUUGGGUCAUGAUCAUGAACACUAUUUGCUGUUAACCUCUGGGGCUACAAUACAUUUUACUGUGAUCGGUGCCAGGUCGGUGGAUUUGAAUGGCAAGGCGGGUUUUAGUUUGUGGAAUCGUAAUGCCAAUACGGAAAUUAAACAAGAAACUGCCAAUGUCGUCUUUGGUAAAACCAAAGUUGGUUUCACUUAUGCCACUGCCACCCAUGAAUUUGUGUUCUCCUACGAACCCAAAAUUGUGCUCGAGGCACAUAUUGAUUUCUAUGAUGAAUUGAAAUUGUGUAUGCGUCUCCAACGACCGGAGAUGGUUAUAAAUGUCAAAAACACAAAAUCGGUUGCCCUGCAUUCCAUGUAUGACUACACCAAAACGGUCAACAAGAAAUAUUCCCAAAAAAUACCCGGACACACAAUUGCAUUGAAUCAAAAGAAUAACAAUAUGUGUCGCAUGGUUGCCAAAGAUUUACAACAUUAA